AUGCGAUUGUUUUUGCGUCGUGUCGACGGUUCGACGCUCUCAUUUCACUGUGAUGAAGACAAAUCCGUUUUUGAUGUGAAACGGUGCAUUGAGUCGAUGGAAGGCAUCCCAUGUUCAUUGCAGUCUUUGUCUCUCAAUGGGUUUCUUUUGAACGAUUAUGCCACUCUUAAAGACUGCUGCGACUCUGAGAUUGCUCAAGUGGAUCUGAACGUGAACUUGCUGGGUGGCGCAAAGAAACGCAAAAAGAAGGUUUACACCACUCCCAAGAAGAUUAAGCGGAAGCCGAAAAAAGUUAAGCUUGCUACUUUGAAGUUCUAUCAAGUUGAACCGAAUGGCAAGUUGAAUCGUCUGAGAAGAGAGUGCCCUAACAAAGAGUGCGGCGCCGGUGUCUUUAUGGCCAGUCACUUCGACAGGGAAUAUUGUGGCAAAUGUGGUCUCACAUAUAGGCAUGGUGCUCAGCAGAAAAUUCCUGAAUCGUUGGUGCGUUCUGAAUAUCCGUUCUUGAUGCUUCUCAUUAUUGUUGAUGAGUGUGUUGGAGCUUGUGUUUUGUUGCAAUUCAUGACGUUCUCAAUUUCAGCAGCCCCCACUACGUCUUAUUCAAAGGAAACCAGGAUGGACGAUAUUGAUGCAACUUGUACAGGAAUUUACACAUCGUCACAAAAGCAGAUUGACAAGUCCGAAGAGACUCGUGACGCGCUAUUAAGUUAUUGCUAUAAUCACAGGAUCACGGAAGUUCUCAUACAUUCUUAUGAUUUGAAAUUAUUCCGAAUGUUGAAGUAG